AUGGCCCUCUCCUUUAUGUUGUGGAACGCCCGAUCCCUUCUCUGCAAAACGCAGGAACUAGAAACCCAUUUAGGUGACACCCUCCCAUCUGUGGUCGGCAUAUGUGAGACCUGGCUUCCCCCUCAUCUUUCUCUCUCCUUUCUGGGAUACAACAUCAUCCGCAAAGAUCGUGGUCAAGGACGUGGAGGAGGUGUCCUUCUCGCCAUCCAUGACUCCAUCGCCUCAUCGUCUCUCCCUAUCCCUCAGUCUCAAGAUGGGCAUCUGGAGGUUGUUGCGGCCAAGGUUGGACUUGGUGGUGGCUGGCUCACGGUGGCAGCCUGCUACAAUCCUGGGGGUACAGCUGGCUACCGAGAGUUUAUGCACUACUUCUCCGCCCUGCAGCCUCCAGUGCUUAUAAUGGGGGACUUUAAUGCCCAUCAUACAUGUUGGGAGCCUGACCUGUCACCUCACCACCACAACACAUCUGGCAAUGCUCUCUUCCAAGCCUUGUUAGAUCUAAAACAUGUCUCCCUCCUCAGCCCUCCCGGACUAGCGACCAGGUUUCAUCCCCAUACUGGUGCCGCCUCGGUGCUCGACCUGUUCCUUGGAGACCCUACCUUCAAGGACUCCACCUUCUGCACUGGACCUUACAUGGGCAGCGACCACCUCCCUCUCCUCGCCUCCCUCCCACAAGUCUCCCCACAGCCCCAACCUGGCUGCAUGCCUUGCUGGAGGCUCAAUUCUUCUGGCUGGCCCCAGUACGUGGCUGCGCUUCCCUCCUCACUGGACACCCAACAUCUUCCCCUGGAUGAAGCCGCAACAACCAUUGCUGGGGUGCUGUCCGAGGCUGGCACAGCUGCCUUCCCACUCAUCACCCGUCAUCAUCCACGCCGCCCUGGGAAGCCCUGGUGGGAUGCAGCCUGUGUGCAGGCAGUACAGGACCGUCGCCAGGCUUGGAAUCAGUGGCGUAGGAUCCCCACUAUCCAGGCUGGCCGUGCUUACCGCCGCCUGGACGCCAUCUGUGCCAAGACCAUCCUCAAGGCAAAGUGA